CUCUUCAUCCGAAGAGGAGGAGUAGGGAUUGGACCAAAGCGCAGCAUUGUGAUACGACAUGAUAUUUAUUAAACAAGACGAAAACUAAACACAGUUGAGAAAUUACAAAAUAGUAAAAACGACGUAGACAGACCUGAACAUGGAACUUACAUAAAUACGCGAAGAACUCACGAAGAGGAACAGACUACAUACACGAACGACAAAACGAAACAGUCCCGUGUGGUGCACAGACACGGAAGACAACCACCCAUAAACAAACAGUGUGAACAGCCUACCUUUAUAUGGUUCUCAAUCAGAGGAAAACGUCAAACACCUGUCCCUGAUUGAGAACCAUAUAAGGCUAAUUACAAACGACCUAAACAUAGAAACACAAAACAUAGAAUGCCCACCCCAACUCACGUCCUGACCAACUAAACACAUACAAAAAUAACAGAAAACAGGUCAGGAACGUGACACAAAGUGGCUUAAGGACAACAAAGUCAAGGUAUUGGAGUGGCCAUCACAAAGCCCUGACCUCAAUCCUAGAAAAUUUGUGGGCAGAACUGAAAAAGCGUGUGCGAGCAAGGAGGCCUACAAUCCUGACUCAGUUACACCAGCUCUGUCAGGAGGAAUGGGCCAAAAUUCACCCAACUUAUUGUGGGAAGCUUGUGGAAGGCUACCCGAAACGUUUGACCCAAGUUAAACAAUUUAAAGGCAAUGCUACCGAAUACUAAUUGGGUGUAUGUAAACUUCUGUCCCACAGGGAAUGUGAUGAAAGAAAUUAAAUCUGAAAUAAAUAAUUCUCUCUACUUUUAUUCUGACAUUUCACAUUCUUAAAAUAAAGUGGUGAUCCUAACUGACCUAAGACAGGGAAUGUUUACUAUGAUUAAAUGUCAGGAAUUGUGAAAAACUGAGUAUAAAAGUAUUUGGCUAAGGUGUAUGUAAACUUCCGACUUCAACUGUAUUACAGCACUGUUGGAGCUAGGAACACAAACAUUUUCGCUACACUUGCAAUAACAUCUGCUUGACCUUCUCUGUCCCUGCCUCUUUCUCUCUGUCCUUAUUCUCUCUCUGUCUCUCUCUCUCUUUUACUCACUCUCUCCUUUCACUCCAUCCUUAUUCUCAGUCUCUCCCUCCCUCUAUCUGCAGGUGUGGAGGAGCGCAGCCUGAGGCUUUAAAGAAGGACAACGCCUCUGCUGAGAGUGAGAACACAACGCCGUGGGAGAGAGUAGAGGAGAGAAGGAAGAGCAGGAGAGAGGGAGGGAUAGCUACAGUACAGUAAGGGAGUCUGGUAGAACUGGUUGUUGAAAGGAAAGAGCGAUGGAGUCUUUUGCAGGAGAUGCGGAGGGCAGCGCUGGUAACCUUACAGGAGGAAAGAGGAAGUCCAAGCUGAAGACUCUGAAGACACGUCUGUUUGGGAGAUCCAAGAGAGAGACCAAACUCAGCCAGUCUACUGGUGAUGUCACUGAGGCGGAGGGGCUGGGCUCAGCUGAGCAUCUGUGUUCAGGCAUGUUGGGAUCACGGGCGUUGUCACAUGACAGUAUCUUCUUGGCCGACCAGGAUCUGUCUAGUCCGGAGCAGCCCAGGGUUCUAUCCCAGGAGAACGUCCAAGGCGGGAUCAAAGAACUCCAGAUGAAGCUCCAGCAGCAGAACAUGCGUCUAGGCCCGUCUCCAUUGGUCCUGCCAAUCAAAAGUCCAGAGGACCUGGGGGGCAGCUCAGAGGACGAUGGUCUGCCCCACAGCCCUCCCGAAAUCUCCAUGGGCGACAACAGACACCCCCGGGGGGCAUCUUACAAGUUCCCUGCCCCGCCCAGGCACCAUAGCUCUCUGAGUUUAGCAGGAACAGGAAGUGAGGAGGAAGAGCAGGCCACCUCCCAACCCUUGUCCCAUCCCCUCUCUCCCAUGCUCAAAACUUCUCUUACCAGCUUCGUGCACCCCACCCCAUCUGCCCCCCUCUUUGCCUUCUCCCUUGCCUCUCCUGCCUUGGAUUUCAGCACCCCAGCCCAGUUCAUCCCCUCCCUGGAUAACUCUGCCGCCCGCCACCGUAUGUCUAUCAAGCCCAGGAACCAGAGGGCCAGUGCCAAGAACAAAAGGCUGACCAUGACUGAAUCGAGACCACGCUCAGAGAGUCUUAACAACUUUGACCGGCCCUUGACAGAGGAGGAAGAGGACGGGCCUGCUAUUACCGGGGGUAAAACACGUUUACGUUCUCGCUCUACCCAGAUCCAAAAGUUGGAGCAAGGGGGGUUGACCACCCCCACUGCACCCCCAGAGCUGAAACCCCUUAAGUCUGGUCCCACAGAGGCUGAGAGGUGCCCAAAAACCUCCACCCCAACCCUCACCUGCAAGCCCUCUCCACAGGAGCAGCCCCAUCCUGGGGUUGCUCUGAGACCAGUGGAAAUUGUGGCAGGCAAACAUCCACAGUCCUCCUCUGUGACCACAGUACGGGACCUGAGAUACACUCCACAACAGCAGACCCUGAAACUGUCCCUGGGAGACCCCAAGCCCUCAGCCCCGUCCCAAACCAAGAGGGACGUCCUGAGCAAGAGUGGUGUGAAAGAUUCAACCCCCAGCACCGAGGAUGGCCCCAAAGAAAACCCAGUCCCGGCCGCCCAGCCCGCAGCUAGCCUGGCCUCAGUGGUGGAUCUCAGAACAUCCUCUCUGAGGUGGAAGCCAGAGGCUGUGGCUGCUGGUCAGAGUACCACAGAGCCACCUGCUGGGCAGGAGGACGCAGUUCAGGCAGAGCCAAGGCCAGUCUCUGGAUCCUUCCGCUUCUCCAUCAACUCUGCCAGGGAGCGGGAGAGACACAAGAUGGGAAGUGGUGGUUUCUUGGGAGUGGUGGAGCAGGCUGGGGCUGGGGCGAAGAGGGAGGGGAGGGAGAAGGGGACAGAGGUGAAGUUGAUCUCCUCAAACGCCAGCCAGAGAGGGCAGGAGCAGCAUGGGGGCAGGCAAGAGGGAGCCAAGCCCAAAGAAGAGGAGUUGACUGCCAGCGAUAUCGGGGAGAAAGUGUCGGAUAGGGAGGAGGUGGAGGAGGAGAGCAGGGAGGGAGUGGAGGAGGCAGUGGAAGCAAAGGAGGAGGCACAGGAAGAGGAGGAAGAGGGGAAAUCAGCAUUUGGCGUGAAGCUUCGCUCCACCUAUCUCUCUCUGAGGGUCCGGGCGGAGUCAGCCACCAGCCAAUCAGAUCUCAAGACGGACCAUCAAAGUCAGGAGGUGUGUGCUCUCCCUCUUACCCCUUACACCCUUUCCUCAAAACCCACCGGGCUUGAGGGGCUACAGGACACCCCGCCAGCCAACUCAAUGCCCCAAAAGCUCCAUACAAACACCUGGGAUGCCCCAACAACACUGUCUUCACCCAGGGGGAGAGCUGGCUCCCUCAGAGAAGCAGUAACCUCAGCCCAGCCUGCCCCCUCAUCUCUCACUAAAGAGGCCCAAACCACCACAGCUAUCCCUAAGGUGGUCCAAACCACCCCUGUCCCAGCCAUGGAAGCCCACACUACCUCCUCAGCCACUCAGGACCCCACGACUGGCCCCCAGGCGCCCCCCAAGGCUACCGUAUCCUGGAUUAGCAUGGCAUGGGGGAAGACCAGGGGCCUCCAGCAGCUCUUCACCAGCAGUCUACCCAGAGACCUCACCGGCAUGCAGUCCCCAACUCAACCGCAAUGUCAGACCACAACACAACCACAGACGUCGUCACUGGCUCAGAUCAUGACACAAACUCAGAGACAGAAUGCAACACAACCACAGACACAGACGACAAUGACACCACAGGCUCAGACCACAGCACAACCACAAUCACAGACCCCAAUGCAACCCCUGACUGCUAAACUACUGCAGUCACAGAAUUCAUCACAACCACCACAGACAGCAGCACAAACACCCACACAGACCACAAAACAACCGCAGACUGACAAAACACCACAGACACACAACACAACACAACCACAGACAGUGACCCAACCAUCAACACCGAACACAAAACCAUCAACACAUGUGUCAAACCAAACCAACACUCGGGCAGCACAACCAUCCACCGCCCCUCAACCGCUAGCGCAAUCUACCCUAAGUUCUGUGUCUCAGGUGACCUCACCGUCCAACCUACGAGCAACCCAGCACACCCUGCGCUCCACUCCACAGACCCAAGCCCAAGGCACACUACGAUCUGCCCCAAUGUGUGCCACUUCCACUCAGCCCCUGGCCUCGUCUUUCCUCUCUUCAAGCCCAAGCUCCACACCCAGCCAGCCCCCAUGGAGCACACGAGGUCACAACCCGACCCCUCAGCCCAAACCAGCCUUAGCCCCAACAACAACCCCAGCCCCAGUCCAAGCCACAGUCCCAGCACUAGGGAGAGGUGAGAGGACCCCUGUUCUCCAGGGGAAGAGUGAGGAGACGGCUAUGCCCACAGAGAAGUGGGUGGACAGGCCAGGGACUGUGGGAGGGAGGACAGCCUUUCUGGAGAAACGGGCGGAGUGGACCCCUCUUGCUUGGAGCAAGGAGGAGCUCAGGAGAAAAAGGACCCCACCUGAGUCUCAGCCCACAGCUGAAUCUGCUGCUCCUUCCAAAACGCCACCCACUCACAGAAACACUAAAGUUGCUAAACUUGAUGGGAGGCCAGAAUCAAGCCCAACCAAAGUGGCAGGCAGGCUUGCAGACAGAGAGCACAAAUGGCUGAAAAAGAACAUGGCAACGUCGUCAUCUCCUUCAUCAUUACCUUCGUCAUCAUCCCCCCUGCACACCAUCUCUGACAGCGGGGGGCAGCCAUCUUGGAUGGAACUGGCCAAGAGGAAGUCAAUGGCCUGGAAUGACAAGACCAUGGACUGAUAGAAUGAGAACGAAAGAAACAGAAAAAGAGAAGGGGAGAGGGAUAAGGAGAGAGAGGGGAGCGUCAGGUGGUGGAUAUAUAGAGAUAGGGAGAGAUACAGAGAGAGAGAGGGGGAGUUCCUUAUUUUAAUGCACUUAUUGUUAGUUGCUAUAGACAAGAGUGUCUGCUAAAAUGUCUCAAUUGCAAGUUGUGAGAGUGGUAGAGACGGAGCAAGACAGAGGGAGAGAAACAGCAACAACAGUAGUGAUGGGAAUGUAGAGCGAGUGAAGGACAAAGUGAGAUGUUGAGUUCAUUGAAGUGGAAUUGAAUUGGCCUUGGAAGCAAAAGCUAUAGGUAAGCUGUAAAAUCUGCUUCCCUUGAAUGUACAGGCUUGCUUUGUUUGUGACAUAUUUUUUGUAUUGUAUGUUUGCGUAUGGGAUGACCAUGAUGUAGAAUGGUUCACCAUCUCUGAAUUCUUACGUUUUCUGUCUCUCUUGGUUUUGAUCCAAACAUAUUUUUGUCCCUAACUCUGGGCUUAUGUUAGAGAUGGGAAAAAUAUUAUUGAUAUAUUGUUUGAAUAAUAUUUUAAUUAUAUCUCAGAAAUAAAUAAUGUAUAAGAUAUUUAUGAAAUCAAUAAAUGCUUAUGUAUGUGACUAAAUGCCCCAGUGUUGUUCUAACUAUUUAUCUUUAAUUAUUUAUGAUGAAUAAUAAAAUUACAAAUGUU